AUGGGCUACGACCCUCAAUCGAGAUCCUUCAUUGCACCUGAACCCGCUAUCAAGGCAGGGUUGAAGAGAAAUGGGAGAUGGAAGCCGACCGAGAGAAUGACAUUCAUUGCAGCUUGCAAACCCGCCAUUGUCGAAGGCCAUCGGCAUGGAAGGUGUUUCAUGAAGCAUGGCUGGGAGCGCAUCAUUGCGUUAUUCAAUUCAUCUUCCGGCCACAACUGGACCAAACAACAGCUUCGCAACCAUUGGGAUGCGAUGCGUCGCGAGUGGAAGCGUCUUUUCGACUUUAUGUCCAUCGGGAUAGAAUAUGAUCCAUCGACGAGGCGAGUUGUAGUGACGAGGGGGGUUGUAGUAUCAGAGGAAUGGUGGGCAAUAAAAUUUUGGGAGAACAAAGACUUCAAGGAUUUCAAAGAUAAAGAUGUGAGCAAGAUUUACAUUCGCUACCAUCAGCUAUUCGGAGAAAGCUACAACGAUGACAAGUACGCGAUGACACCUAUGAAGUUAUGCAGGACAGGGUUCAAUUUGUUUGAGGAUGGUGCGGCGGAGGACCACUUGGAUGCAAUUCCCAUCGACGGAGAGAGUAGUAGUUUUAGCGAUGAGGGAGACAUUAGAACAGUGGAUCAAGCAACAAGUGCAACCGAGAAAGUGGCGGUGAAGAUCAAUAGCAUUAUCAAUCUAACAAGCAAUGCUAGGGCUGAUUGUGUGGAGGAGCUACUUGCGAGGGGACGGCUCCAACGUCAUACACCUUUGUACUUCUACACUUGCACUCUUCUGGCGCAGAAGCACUACCGAGAUAUGCUCGUUGUCAUGAAAGAUGCAGAUGAAAAUUUUGAAUGGAUUAAGUGGCAGUUCAAUGAGCGUGGGAAUCUUGCUGUACCUACCAAUGCUGCCAUGGAAGAUCUGAACUUCGAUUGUGCUACUUUUGAUCUUCGACGCAGAGGAAGAGCCCGGGGAGGAGUUCUUAGAAUGUCUUGCAGACGACGUGGUAGCGUGGAUCACCUUCUGCGUCGUCGUCGGGACCGAUGCGUGGAAGUAUUAUCACACAUAGCGUAA